GGGCCUGACCAAAGAAAAGCGGCAGUGUGGGGAAGUUGCCUUGACGCUCUUUGUAGUUUGACGGCGUUCAGCUUCUUUCACUUUUUGUUUGCUAGCCUUGCUUUCAGUGCUCGGUAAAGCUUGAUGGGGGCUCUCAACGGCUUUCUUGUAUCUUGAUUGCUUUCCGCCAAAGCCCUAAUUAGUUCGUAAUGUUUAACUUGUAAAUUCCUAAUUCUUAGUUUUGAAGAUGAAUUAGCUUCGAUAAUACCACCGAGACAAAAAUUCGGGGGUCGAAAAUGUCGAACAUCGAUCCGUCUAAGAAAGUAGCCGAUAGAUAUCUGAGGCGUGAAGUCCUCGGCGAAGGUACCUAUGGAGUUGUAUACAAAGCUAUUGAUACGAAGACAGGACAGACAGUUGCUAUUAAAAAAAUUCGACUUGGCAAGCAGAAGGAAGGAAUAAAUUUUACAGCUCUUAGAGAGAUUAAACUGCUCAAAGAGCUUAAAGACCCCAACAUUAUUGAGUUAAUUGAUGCAUUCCCACAUAAAGGAAAUUUGCAUCUUGUGUUUGAAUUCAUGGAGACAGACCUUGAAGCUGUUAUACGAGAUCGGAAUAUUUUUCUUUCACCUGCUGAUAUAAAAUCCUACCUUCAAAUGACACUUAAAGGUCUUGCUUAUUGCCACAAGAAAUGGGUUUUGCAUAGGGAUAUGAAGCCAAAUAAUUUGUUGAUAGGACCAAAUGGACAGCUGAAACUUGCAGAUUUUGGUUUAGCGAGGAUAUUUGGGAGCCCAGAUCGAAGGUUUACUCAUCAGGUGUUUGCUCGGUGGUAUAGAGCACCUGAGCUGUUAUUUGGGGCCAAACAGUAUGGGUCAGGUGUAGACGUUUGGGCUGCAGCUUGUAUAUUUGCUGAACUUCUGCUUCGUCGACCCUUUUUGCAGGGUUCAAGUGAUAUUGAUCAAUUAGGAAAGAUUUUUGCUGCAUUUGGGACCCCAACAUCUUCUCAGUGGCCUGAUAUAGUAUACCUUCCUGAUUAUGUUGAAUACCAAUAUGUUCCAGCUCCACCUUUGCGUUCUUUGUUCCCAAUGGCAAGUGAUGAUGCUUUAGAUUUGUUGUCAAAGAUGUUUACGUAUGAUCCCAAAGUUAGAAUUUCAGUGCAGCAGGCGUUAGAGCACAGGUAUUUUUCCUCCGUGCCUCUGCCCACGGAUCCUGAUAAGCUUCCUAGACCUGCCCCAAAGAAGGAACUUAAGGCUUCUGAUUUCAAUCCACACGAGGGCCCAACUGUUCUGUCACCUCCAAGAAAGUCUAGGAGAGUGAUGUCAGGGCAUGAUGGAUUUGAAGGAAAUGCAUUGCAAGGAGAUAAAGGUGACAAUGUUGGUGAUUACAUGCAAAAGGUUGGUGAUAAUACAGGCAACAAUGAUUCAGCCGCGACAGCUGUAGACUUUUCUAUAUUUGGAUUAAAUCCUCCAAAUAGGCCUACAAUUAACAGUGCUGACAGGUCAUAUCUGAAAAGAAAAUUAGAUCUAGAAUUUCAGCAUCCAGAUUGAAUAUUCUAGGACAGGAGUGAUAAGACCGAGGAUUACAAUUGCUGCAUGGCCCUCAUCUGUGUGUCUCCAUGGAAAGCUACUAUGGAUGUGGAGGUAUAAAGGAGAAAGUAGCAGUCACAGAAACUUAACGACUCACUUGAAUUUUAGUUUGGGGACCCAAAAUAACUGCUGCUUAUUUAAAAUCCCCCCCAAUUUGAAGGGCGUCCCACUUGGCCUCGUAUCUGUUGCAUCCAAAAGUUAUUGUGUAAGUUGUUUGCUAUAGAACAUAAAAAUGUACGUUCACAUGUGCUUCCAAACAGGUUGUCAUUACAUUUAUCUCACUGAAUACAAGUACUUAUUUAUAGAAA